UUUCAGGUCCAUGGGCUGUUGCUGCAUUCAAGAAUCAGUUAGUGAUUGUAGAUGAGACCAACUCUGUCAAGAUGUACAAUAGGAAUGGCAACAAGAUGUUUGAAUUCCACACAGUGCCUCAUAGUGAAGUGGGCAAGACAUCAGUAAACCUUGUGAGUGUAGCAGUCAUAAAGGAUACAAUCAUGGUCGGGGAUUGGAAGAGGUUAGUUAUAACUAAACACAGAUCCAGUGAUGGUUCACUGAUAGACACUGUUACAGUUCAGACUAAACCUUGGUACUUGGCCAUUGACAGCAAGGACAGAGUUGUAGUCAGUGGGAGCAGUCAACAACAAGUAGACAUUGUUGGAGUCGAUGGUGGUACACUUAUCAGCAUCUAUCCAAAGAUCAAUAGUCAACAGGUUAAAUACUGCACAGGUGUAUGCUGUGACAGCUCAGCUAUCUACAUUGCAGUGCGCAAUGGGGAUUGCAACACUGGUCAUAUUCAUCGGUAUGACACUCAGGGUAGAUUUCUCAGCUGUAUUGCUCAGGGUCUGCACAGCCCACAUGGAAUCUCAUUGACAUCAGAUGGUCAGCAGCUUGCAGUGGCAGACUGGGAAUCAGUGAAGAUUUAUAACAAGGUGUAAUGUUAUCUGAUUAUGAUGAUACUGGUAAGAGAAAUAAAUGCUACAAGUACAACAUGUACAUUGACAUGUAAUGACCACAGAGUGUCCAUACAGCUCAAUAAAAAUCAAUCAAGAAUUCGAAAAGAUGUGUGUUAUUCAUUCUUUAAUCAAACAAACAUCUUAUCAGUUUAAAUUGGAAACUCACUUUUAGUUUAAUAGAUCAAUAAUAUCAGUUAAACAUCCACACAAUUGUUUAAUUCAAACCUUAACAUAGUGAACUCUUAGUAGUGUUGAAUUAACUUUUCUUAAAACACCAACAAAUGUGUUGACAUGUGAAUGGACAUGCAGGCUUUCACUGGGAAGAAUUUUACUUGAUUCAUUUACAGUUUUUUUUCUCCCUAAACCACCCUCAGGUUCUUCCAUGAGAAAUGUUACCAGCCUUUGCCCUGCCAUUUUUUUUAUGAUAUUGGAGAGUAAUUCAACACUGUUCAGUAUAAGCCUGCAUGUCCAUUCCAAUAUUUAUGGGUGGUUUGAGGUUCUGAAAAGAUUUACAACUACUCUGAAAAAGUGUUAAUGUAACGGUAGAAGAGUGCUCCCUUUAUUGUUGUUCCUGUCCCAUUCAAGAUUGACCAUGUAUACUUUAAUGACUUGUAAUCAGAAAAUAACAUCUCUGUUAGUUGAGUAGAAUUUGUUUUCAUACUAUCAACGUUGAUUUAUAAAAGAACAACUGUUUUACCUUGUUAUCCAUUAUCUUUCUCUACUAUCUAACCAAUCUUAACUUCAGGAUUUUAUAUGAUUUCGUUUUUAUGUAUUAAAAAUGCCAACAAAAUGUUCCACACAGGGAUCAUACAAUUGUGACGGUAGAAAUUGUCUAUUCAAGAUUGACAAAGUCUACUUCAUUGAUUUGUAAUCAGAAAUAUAACAUGCUGUGUUAGUUGAGCAGAAUUCAUUUUAUAAACAUCAUGGUUGACUUGCAAAGGAACAAUAGUUUACUUUGUUUAUUGUUAUGUUCUUAUAAUGCUCUAUGGCCUAAUUGUAUUGUAUUCUAAUGUAAUACGUUUGUAGUAUUUGUUGUUGAAUAUAAUAGUAAGCAAACAAAUUGCAGAUCAGCCAAAAUAAUGAGGAGCAUUGAAAGGUCAACUCUGAUACCAAUUUUUAAACAAUUACCAGAAAGACUUUGCAACAGACAUCAACUGAAAACACAUUUUACAUUGUUUCUAACCUGUUGCUAGUCGGCUCUUGUGUAAUUUAUGAAUAGACAGAUAUUUUUAGUUCAUUAAACUUAACUUGAUUGUUGCUCUGAUAUACAAAGUUUGAAAUCCUACUUGUAUGUAGUUGUUGACCAACUUACUGACACUACAAUCUGAGAAUGAGUAAAUACGGAGUUCCCCCAACUUGCCUGAUAAGCUGGAUGGCUUUAUACUAAGCACUCUAAAUACUCCUGGAUGACCCUGAAUGUGGGUCAGAUUGAUCCAAACAUGGGUCAGGUCUAAUUGGAUCUAGAGUCAGGAUGAGUAAUCAUGGAGUUCCUCCAACUUGCCUGGUAAGCUGGAUGGCUUUAUACUAAGCACUCUUAAUACUCCUGGAUGACCCUGAAUGUGGGUCAGAUUGAUCCAAACAUUGGUCAGGUCUAAUUGCAUCUAGAGUCAGGGUCAGUUCUGAGUCAGGAGUUUUUAGAGUACAUGGCAACUGUGAAGUAGGUUUGCUCUUGUAGACACAAUUAAUAGUCUGAUCAUGGUGUGGAAAAAGUAGGACUAGAAAUAUUUGACUCAUUUGUUUGGUAUUAACCAAUGAAGGAAGUUAAGUCUAUUUUCUAUAAUCAAGAUUUUUUUUCUGUAGUUAGUAAAAAGAAGUUU